UGAAGGCAAUUUUAUCAAAUAUUAGUGGAAGGAGAAGAACACAUUUUUGCUGCAACUGAUCAUCACACGUCAUGAGUGGAUGUCCGUACUUUGAGAAGAGCCAUUUGAUAUUCAAAAAGCCUCACGAAGGGGAGGAAGAGGAGGAUGCCUCCCAGGCCGGAGUUAACAAGGCCAGCAAAGGAGGAAUCAUCUAUGGAGAAUACCUGCAGCUCGAAAAAAUCCUCUCAGCCCAGGUGCUGCAGAGCGAAUUAAAGGCUGAUAAGAUCCACGAUGAGCACCUCUUCAUCGUCACCCAUCAAGCCUUUGAACUAUGGUUCAAACAGAUCUUGUACGAACUGGAUUCAGUGCGACAUAUCUUCAUCAGUGGACACGUCCGAGACGAACGCUACAUGCUCAAAGUCAACAACCGCAUCCACCGGAUCGUGAGAAUCCUCAACCUGCUGCUCGAACAGUUCGCGGUUCUGGAGACCAUGACCGCCUUGGACUUCUUUGACUUUCGAGGGUACUUGGCUCCAGCCUCCGGAUUCCAAAGCCUUCAAUUUCGGCUCUUGGAGAACAAAAUCGGGGUCCCGGACAACCUGAGGGUCCCGUACAAUCGCCGCCAUCACAGGGACAACUUCAAGGGUCAGGAAAGCAAGUUGCUGCUCGCCAGCGAACAGGAGCCGACGCUCCUAAAACUCAUCGAGGAGUGGCUGGAGAGAACUCCCGGCCUGGAGGCGGAUGGAUUCAAUUUCUGGCAAAGGCUGGCAAUCAAUAUAUUUAAGGGGCUGAAUCAGGAGAAGGAGAAAAUCGAGAAAAUGGCAGAUUCUGAGGAGAAGUUGGAAAUGAUGGCUGAGCUGGUCAAACAGAAAGUGCUGUUCACUUCUCUCUUUGACGAAAAGCGCCACGAACAUCUCUUCAGCAAAGGUGAGCGGCGGAUCUCUUACAAGGCUCUCCAAGGCGCCCUGAUGAUCAACUUCUACAGGGAAGAGCCGAGGUUCCAGGUUCCUUUCCAGCUGCUCACAUCCCUCAUGGACAUCGACACCCUCAUGACGAAAUGGCGAUAUAACCACGUAUGCAUGGUGCAUCGUAUGAUCGGCAACAAAGCCGGCACGGGAGGCUCGUCCGGAUACCACUACCUGAGAUCUACCGUCAGUGACCGCUACAAAGUGUUUGUGGAUCUGUUCAAUCUGGCGACGUUCCUGGUGCCUCGCCACUGGGUCCCCAAGCUGAAUCCCAACGUUCACAAGUUCCUCUACAUGGCCGAAUGCUGCGACAGCUCCUACUGCAGCAGCGAGGACUCGGACUAGCGGAGAGGUGUUUCGGCCGUCUCCGAUCCUUCGGUGGCAAGUUGCGUAGACCGGAGCGAAGUUGCGUGGACCGGAGAAAUCGUGUUUUCCCUGAGAGAACACGAGGGACGCUUCAAACUCCAUCAGAUAUGCUGUUCGUGACAUCUGUCAGAUUUACCUUUAUUUUUAUGUUUUCUACUCAAAUUCAAUGGGGUUCAGACAAAUAUCAACUACCACAUCGGGGUGCAGGAAACUCUGAAAACCAGAUGGCCUUUUUUUGAGCAUCUUGCAUCUUAAUUUGGUGGUUCCAGUUUGAAAAAAGAAAAGAAAAACAUGUCAGGAGUGAUCGAGGAUGACAGGAUGGGGUCAUUUGUCAUGGCUGACAGAACACGCCCCAAAAAAAUCCUUUGUGUAGAGAUAUGUUAUACCAUAGUGCUAUUAUUGUUUGGGACUUCAAGAUUCAGAAUUUGAGUUUUGGGAUUCGGAAAUACAGAAAAAAAAUUACAAAAUGUGUUAAUGUCGAGCGAGGUAAGAAAAAAAACACAUCUUUGUCUCUUAGUGACGGACAAAUUAAAAGUAUUUCCCUCUAAUCUCUAAUCCGGUGACAAGUUUAGCAGAUGGCUCCAUGAUGAAAAUGUGCCCGCGAUGUUUUCUCAACACAAUUAUGUAAAUUUACUGCGACUGACCUGAAAGCAAAUGGAUCAGUGAGAGCAGCGAUCAAACCGGUGGCUGUGAUGGGUUUUAACAAACGCAUUAUGUUUCAUGUCAGCAUGGAGGACGAGUCAGAGAGGGAGCCAUUUCACACUAUUAAUACGAGUGUACAUGAAACUAUAAUAAACCUCUGCAUCAUCCAUCAAUGCCAACAUCUAAACUAAAACUAUUUGCAGGCUGUAAAUGUAAAACACAAACUAAAUAGUGUGUACAUAAUAUUAAUAAUGUGUUUUGUAUCGUAUGCUAUGUUGGGUUUUAUUCAUGUUGUUGUGAAUGUAUGCAGUGGUUGAUCUCUGCAUGCAGCAGAUCACCCAAAACAUGGAUCCAACUAUUUUUGUACUGUGCAAUUAUUGUAUUACUAUUGUUCUGCAUCGUUGUGUCAGCUGUCCUCAGGUGUGAGCCAACGUUUAUCAGCAGUCAAAGUCAUUUAUUUUGUUUUGGUGAUGUAACGUGGUGACAUUUCAAUAAAAAAAACAUGAUUUAAAAGUGA